AUGUUCUUAAUUAUAUUUUUCGCUGGUGGACAUAAUAUUACAUCAUUACAGGAUCAAUACGUAACUGUUGCAAAAAGGUACGGAAGAAUUGCCUAUUGUUUGAUACCAUCGAAUAUUUACUUAAUUCUUCGACCACAAUCAUCAACUUCCUACCUAAACAGUUUAAAUUUACAUAAAUGGACAAGUAGAUUCAUUAUUUUAUGUUCCCUAAUACAUACAGUUGGAUUUUUAGUACAUUGGAAAGAAGAAAAGGCACUAAGUCAUGCAUUCUACCUUUUGAAUUUCUUGGGAGUUGCUGCAUUUACAUUUUUGUUCAUUUUGGCUUUUGUUUCAUUAUAUUGGGUUAGAAGAUUUAAUUACCUAUUUUUUUAUUUGUUUCAUAAUUUUACAAGUAUUUUAAUGAUUGUAUUAAUUACAUUUCAUGCAAGACCAGGAGUAACUCCGACAUUUAUAAUCACUGCUUUAUUCCUUGUGUAUUUUCUUUAUUUGAGAUUUUGGAAUGUUUAUAAAGUAGACGAUAUUAAAAUUAUUGAAGGUAAGAACUCAAAAUUACAAAUAAUUAAGAUUCCAAUCUUUUUUAAUUGGUCACCAGGGUCACAUAUACGAAUAAAUUAUUCGUAUUCGUUUUGGGAAUGUUGGUUGGGUCCAACUCAUCCAUUUUCAAUAGCUAACAAUCAAGAGGAUAAUUUGAAUCAAAUCACGUUGAUAAUGAGAAAAACGAAUUUUAAAUUUGAUCCUACUUUUUCAUACUUACUUUCCAAACCAUACGUAUCAAUUGAGAAACCAUUUUUUAACAACGUAGAAAUUGUUAAUAUUAUAGUAGGUGGAAGUGGAAUAUCUUUUGGAUUACCAAUUUACAAUCAUUUGAAGAAUACAAAUACUAGAGUUAAAUUGAUUUGGGCCACACGUUCAAAGAAUGAUUUAUUUAUUAAUAAACAUCUAGACAUGAAGGGUGUUGAAGUAUAUACCACUAAAAUAGAUGAUGAUGCAGCACCGGAAGAAGUAUUCAAGAUUGGGGAGGACGAAAGUGAAGGAGAUGGUUUAUUAGAUGAUGAUGCAAAUGAUGAAGAAAUUGAAAUGGAAAGUUUGAAUAAUAAAAAAGCAAAAGGUGAUAAAGAGGAAUUUGUUUUAGGAAGACCUAAUCUUGAUGAAGUAUUUGCUUCUGAUAUUGGUGUUGAUAAUGAUGGGAUUGAUGGAGAUAAAUGUUGGGUUUUAGCUUGUGGUCCACCCUCAUUAGUUAAAGAUGCUAAAAAUUGGUCAAAACUGCAUGGGUUUAACUUCUUCAAUGAAAAAUACGAAAUGUAA